UCAUUGCUUCCAGAAAUUUCGAGAUUCUGGUUUACGAAGUUCUUUCGUUUUUAUAUUAAAACAAGGCAAGACUAAAGUUCAUAAUAGAAAGCACAUUUUUGCGAACGUACGAUUUUGAGAUUAAUAAUGUCAGUUGUUGGAUUUGAUAUUGGAAAUAGCAAUUGCUUUGUUGCUGUAGCUAAAGCAGGUGGCAUUGAAACUGUUGCAAAUGAAUACUCUGAUAGAUGUACACCUGCUAUUGUGGCAUUUAAUUCCAAGCAACGAUUAGUGGGAAUAUCUGCAAAAAAUCAAAUGGCUAUGAAUUAUAUGUCAACCAUCAGUCAGUUCAAGCGUUUUAUUGGUCAUAAAUUUGAUGAGCCCCAGAUGAAACAUGAGUUUCAAUUUAUCCCUAACAAAGUUGUUACUACUGAAAAUGGCAGUGUAGGAUUUCAGGUUCAAUACAAAAGUGAAACUAAAGUGUUUUCUGCAGAGCAAAUAGUUGCUAUGCUUCUUACAGAAUUAAAACAAACUGCUCAGGAAAAUCUUAAAAUAAAAGUGACAGAUUGUGUGAUUUCAGUACCAUCAUACUUCACUGACUUUCAAAGAAGAUCUGUUUUAAAUUCUGCUCAGAUUGCUGGGUUAAAUUGUCUGAAACUUAUGAAUGACACCACUGCUGUGGCUUUAAAUUAUGGCUUAUUUAAACAAGAUCUACCAGCUGCUGAUGAAAAAUCAAAGAAUGUAGCUUUUGUUGAUAUGGGGCAUUCAUCUUUUCAAGUCUGUAUUGCUUCUUUUAACAAAGGGAAAAUCAAAGUUCUAUCUAGUGCAAGUGAUCCAAAUCUUGGUGGCAGAGACUUUGAUCAAAGAUUAAUGCAUUAUUUUGCUGAUGAUUUUAUUAAAAAAUAUAAGAUUGAUGCUAAAAGAAAUGCUAAAGCUUGGUUGCGGCUUGAGAGUGAAGUUGAAAAAUUAAAAAAGCAGAUGAGUACAAAUUCCACUAACCUUCCUCUAAGCAUAGAAUGCUUUUUAGAUGACAAAGAUGUUUCAUCCACUGUCAACAGAGCUCAAUUUGAAGAAAUAAGUCAAGAUCUGUUUGCUCGAAUUGAAGCACCUUUAAAACAAGCACUUCAAGAUUCAGGGCUCAAAGCAGAGGACAUUGAAGUAGUAGAAUUAGUCGGAGGAUCAAUGAGAAUGCCGGCAAUCCAAACAUUUGUUUCAAAUGUUUUUGGAAAACCAAUUAGUACCACUCUUAAUUUGGAUGAAGCAGUAGCCAGGGGUUGUGCUAUUCAAUGCGCAAUGUUAUCUCAUACUGUUAAAGUACGAGAUAUUGAAGUAAUGGAUGUUGCUACUUAUCCAAUAACUAUAUCGUGGGAUUCUGUUAGAGCAGAUGAGCAAACAGGAGAAAUGGAAGUGUUUAAAAAGUAUCAUUCGUACCCUUUUACUAAGAUGUUGACUUUUCCGCACAGAGUUGAGCCAUUUAAGUUUAAUGCUUUUUAUGGAAAAGAUGUUGUUCUUCCCAAUUUUGAGCGAAAAAUAGGUGAAUUCGUUGUAAAUGCAGCUGCACCAACAGAAUCAAGUGACACAAACAAAGUCAAAGUAAAAGUAAAAGUUAAGCUUGACAUUCAUGGUUGCUUUACAGUGAGUGGAGCUAGUAUGGUUGAAACAUUACCUGAGCCUCCAGCUGAAAUACCAAAAGAAGAACCAAUGGAGGCGCAAUCAAACCAUCAACCUGAGGAAGCCAAAAAGGGCUCAGAAAAUGUAGAUGUUAAUAUGGACUCGGAAAACAAUUCCGAAAGUUCUGCUAAGCCUGAAACAACUGAUAAAAAGAAACAAGAAAAAAAAAUUGAAACUAAGAAAAAAACAACUAAAACAACAGAACUAAGUAUAGUGAAACACCAAGCUGGUUUAUCUAGUGCUGAGUUAAAUUAUCUAGUAGAAGUUGAAAAUGAACUUAUCUCACAAAUUCGUCUUGAAAAAGAACGUGCAGAUGCAAGAAACAAAAUAGAAGAGUAUAUUUAUAAAAUGCGUGAUAAAAUUCAUUCAGAUUAUUACCAAAAUAUUACAGAUACUGAUCGGGACAGUUUUUCUGCUCUUCUUUCUUCUACAGAAAACUGGUUGUACGAUGAAGGAGAAGAACUUCAUAAACAAGUGUAUAUUGACAAGCUUGCGGAGUUGCAGAAAAUUGGAAAUCCUGUAGCUGAUCGACACAUAGCUCAUGCGAACAUUCCUGCAGCUUUUGAGUUAUUAGGAACUACUCUAACACAUUAUAAAAAGAUUUUAGACCUAUACUCAAAAAAGGACGAAUUAUAUAAUCAUAUUGACGAAGCGGAUAUGAAAAAAGUUUCCAACCAAGUUGAUGAAAAAUUUGCUUGGUUUAACGAAAAAAUGCAAGCUAUGGCUCAGUGUCCCAAGCAUUGCAAUCCGGUCAUUUAUCCCUCCCAAAUAAACGUUGAAGCUAAGCUUCUAAAGGAUUUCUGUGAUCCUAUUGUGAAUAAACCAAAGGUUAAGGUUCCCCCUAAAGAACCAGCGAAUACCCAGAAAAAAGCAAACGAAACAACUAAAGAGAAUAUGGAAACAGAUCAGACUCCCGCAGCGAAUGAAAAUAAAGAGGAGGUACACAAGCCUAAUGGAGAGGUUCCAUCAAAUCUUGAUAUGGAAGUCGAUUAAUCCGAUUGAAUUUUUAUUUUUGUUAAAUAAAAAAAUAAAACUUUAUAGAUAUUACAACGUUCUUGUAUAUUUAUUGUAUAUGUUUUUAGAAUGGUCAAAUUGAAUCAAGUGUUUCGACAUUUUAAA